UAGAGAAUAGUGAUAUGUUUAGUCGAGGAAGAAGGGGGCAGUGCACUUUACAGAGGUGGGACACAGGCUAGAAGCAGGAAAUUGCUUUUGUUAGAUUUUUAUGAGUACCUUAAGGAUUAAGCACAGGAGUCCUGACUCCCAGUGGGAAACCACUUCAUCCUCAGUUUUCAACCCACAGGAUAGAGCCCUGUGCUAUUUCUGCCCCCUGAUUUGGGAAGAUAGUCAUUUUUCUGCCCAUCUUCUGGCUCCUCCCUCUUGGCAUUUGGCAGAUCCAGGCAGCUAUUCAAGGAACUGGAAGCCAAGCACAACAGGUGCUUCAGAGGUCAUCAUGAUCAGCCCAGACCCCAGGCCCUCCCCUGCCUUGGCCCGGUGGGCUGAGAGCUAUGAGGCCAAGUGUGAGCGCCGGCAGGAGACCCGUGAAAGUCGCCGCUGUCGCCCCAACGUGACUACUUGCCGCCAGGUGGGGAAGGCACUAAGGACUCAGCACAGAGAGCAGCUCCAGAGAGCUCGACAACUGCAGUUCUUCAGGAGGAGGAACCUGGAAGUGGAAGAGAAAGGCCAGGCUCAGCGUCCCUGGGCCAGGGAGCAAGUUCCCUCCAGCAAGAAAGGCCAGGCAGCUGUCCUCAAGGAGGCCUUGUCUGCUAACAGGAUCUCUUUUCCAGGACAGCAGGUGACAGGGACCAACACCAAUGUCUUUCCAACCCCACAUCACCCUCUCUCAAGUGUCCAGAGGGUUGGGGCUGACCACCACUCCUCACAGGCAAGGGCCUUUCCACCACAAGACUCUCCCAUCAAGAAACCUCACAAACACCAUCGUGGUACUCAGACAAAGACAGAAGAGGCACAGCCAACAAUUAAGAAUGACGCCAGUCAGCAAACCAGUUAUGGAGUCGCAGUUCUGGAUAAGGAAAUCAUCCAACUUUCUGAGUACCUCAAAGAGGCCCUACAAAGGGAAUUGGUCCUAAAGCAGAAAAUGGUGAUUCUCCAAGACCUGCUAUCUACCCUGAUUCGGGCCUCUGACAGCUCUUGGAAGGGACAGCUUAAUGAGGACAAACUGAAGGGCAAACUAAGGUCCUUGGAAAACCAACUCUAUACCUGUACCCAGAAAUACUCCCCUUGGGGAAUGAAAAAGGUGCUAAUGGAGAUGGAAGACCAGAAAAACAGUUAUGAGCAGAAGGCCAAAGAAUCACUACAAAAAGUGCUGGAAGAGAAAAUGAGUGCAGAGCAGCAACUGCAGAGCACACAGCGGUCCCUGGCUCUGGCAGAGCAGAAAUGUGAAGAGUGGAGGAACCAAUAUGAGUCUCUAAAAGAGGACUGGAGGGCCCUCGGGACCCAACACAGAGAGCUGGAGAGCCAACUUCAUGUGCUUCAGUCUAAACUACAGGGAGCAGAUAGUAGAGACUCACAGAUGAACCAAGCCCUGCGACUUCUGGAGAAUGAGCACCAGGAACUGCAGGCCAAGAUUGAACGCCUGCAAGGGGACAGAGAUCUGUGCAACUCAGAUACCCAGGACCUUCAAGAUAAACUAAAGAGGUCAGAGGAAGAAAAAAUUGCCCUGAUGACCAGAAUACAGCAGUUGCAGAGUCUGCUUCAGAAUCAAUCCUUACAGCUUCAAGAACAGGAGAAACUCUUAAAGAAAGAUGAGGCUUUGCCUGUGUGUAGUGCAAAGCCCUCCCACAAUGAAGUGGAGCCUGAGAGUGCAGGGAAGGAGAAAGACUGGGAUCUCAGAGACCAGCUGCAGAAGACGACUUUGCAAUUCCAGGCCAAGGAAAAAGAGUGCAGAGAACUGCAUUCGGAGUUAGACAACCUCAGUGAYGAGUACCUCUCCUGCAUGCGUAAGCUGCAGCACUGUCGAGAAGAGCUGAACCACAGCCAGCAGCCACCUCCCAGAGUAAGAGGGUCCAUCUUCCUGUACAAAUGGUGGUGGGAUGAUUUCUUUUUUAGCCAAGUCUUACAGAUAAAAUUUGCCAGCACAUGUCAAUAUCUAGUCAUCCUGUCUAUUCUGCUUGAUUUUGUCCAUGCUGAAAGUAUAGCAGUCUUGAAACACUGACUCAUGUACAUAAGUCCAAUUCCAUGGAAUUCUUGAGGGCUGAGGGGAAGAUUUGCUAUAGGCUGAGCAUCCCUAAGCUGAAUGUUCAAAAUCAGAAAUGCUCUGAAUACUCUGCCUAUUCUGCUUGAUUUAGUCCAUGCUGAAAGUAUAGCAGUCAUGAAACACUGAUUCAUGCAUCCAAGUCCAAUUUCUGUGGAACUCUUAAGGCCUGAGGGAAAGAUUUGCUAUAGGCUGAGCAUUUUUAAGCUGAAUGUUCAAAAAUAGGAAUUCUCUGAAUACAAAACUUUUUGAGCAUUGACAUGAUGUUCAAAAAGUUUCAGAUUUUAGAGUAUUUGGUGUUUCAGAUUUUUUUUUUUUUCAUGAGAUCUGCUCAACUGGUAAAGUCUAGGCAAAUAUUACUAAAUCUGAAAACCUCCAAAAUUUGAAACACUUCUGGUCCUAAGUAUUUCAGGUAAGGGAUUCUCAAGCUGCAUUAACUCAAGUAUGAAAGGAUGUUCUUUUAGUCUAUUGCCAGCAUGAUGUCAAGGACAGGGAAGGACAACAAAGGUACUAAGGCAUACAAAGAGAAUAAUAUUAUUUUGCUGAAUUAUUUUCCACCCUGAAUUUUUCACAUCAGCAUUUAAAUGUUUGGCCCCUACUGGACAUGGUCCCUGGGUCAGGGACCACUAGUAAAGUGGUUUUAUCCCAAGAGAGGUGACAGAAAGUGAGACAGUGAAGUAAAAAGCUUUUUCUAGCACCAACCCAAGGUCUUCCAUUGGGCUACAAUAGGAAGGGGUGCUUUUGCCCAUAUUUUCUCUAAGUGACUUAUGGCUACUUUCUUCUGUCUCCCUUCCCUCCACACAGAAGCAAUGUGGUCAGUGGCUCCCCAUCCUGACGGUGGUGAUUGCUAUAGCACUGGCAGUAUUCCUGGCCAACAAAGAUAACCUGAGAAUC